AUGGCUGAAGGCGUGGAAAAUGCAGUAGCAAUAUGUUGUUUUUUGACACCAAAAUAUCAAGAUAGUGUCGCAUGUAAAGAUGAAUUAAUAUAUGCAAUAGAACAACGCAUAUGUAUUAUCCCAAUACUUGUAGUACCAAAUUGGAAACCAAAAGGUUGGUUAGGUUUUAGUAUAGAAGGACAUAAAUGGACUGCUUUUUGGGAUACCGAUACAAAUAUGGAUUUAAGAAUCCAACAGUUAGCUGCUGAAAGUCAAUUGUUAGUUGGAGAUAAACUCGAUUGUUUUCAAGGUGCCAAACCGUUGGAUUUUGGUUCACAGGCAAACGACGAAGUAGCAGAGCAAGAUGAAAUAUUUGCUUUGCCAGAAUCUGAAGAACAAGAUUUUGAUCCAAAUUCUUAUUAUCGUUUAGCAACAGAAUGGCAAAGUCCUAAUAAAUCUCUUGGUGUUGUUAGUGAUGGUAAAAAUAACAAUCAGCUUAUACUUGCUGAAACUGAUAAUUAUAGUGAGCAACAUUGGAAAAUAACACGAGUGUGA